AUGGCUCUCCCGAAGCCAUGCAAUCGGGCUUUCUGGUACUCCCGUUCGGUCACGGAGAGGACGCAACCGGUUCGCUGCCGAACCGAUGCAGCCCCCAACGGGUCGUCUAGCCCCGGCUCUUUUGGCUCAUCCAGCCCAAAGAUUGUUCAAAAACACCUCUUUGGUGCAGGUUGUGGCAACAAUACAUUUUGCCCAAACCCCCAAAGCGGCGGCGAAUCGAAUACCUUGAGCUACGGGCGCGAGGCGCCGGGAUACUUCAAAGUUGACGGGCAGGUCACAGGGACUAUCACAUUUACGAUCCAUGGCAGAGUUGGGCCCGUGUCCAUUGAGGCUUUCCCGGACGUUGUCCAAGACAGUGAAGACACCGACAUGAUCAGCUCCGCGGCGUCUACCGGCAAGCCGCAAGUUUCUUGCCCCUCCCCUGUUUCGCAGACUUCGGCUGGGAGCUCUUGCUCUAUUGAAGAGAAUCCUAACGCCCACCGAGUAGCACGGCAAGCGUUUAUGGCGCAGUCUGGAGGAUUGUACUCACACGCUGCGCGGGUCCCGGUCGUCACAAUACCACUGGACUUGAAACCCAAGUCGGUUAUCCUAGCAUGUACUGGCAUGUCACUAGCUGCCACGGCAGACUUUGUGAGCCUGCGGUGCACGCAUGCCAAUCGCCGUCAUCGAUGA